AUGUCCUCCCUCCGCCAGCGACAGGUCCCCGCUAGCAACAACGAACCAUCUACACCCAAACAGAACGCCCAGAAGACCAAGUCUCGCCAUGAGAAGAAGACCGGCCUCAGCGUCCUCGACAUCAUCCGCGUGGUGGUCACACUGAUCGUCGCAUCAUGCGGCUUAUCCUACUACAUGACGUCGACGGAGUCCGUGCUAUGGGGCUACAGGCCGUGGUUCACUAGAUGGCCGGUGUUGGUCCGGUACUUGCAAGGACCUCUGAGCCUCACGCCCGAGCAACUCGCCCUCUACAACGGCUCCGACUCGGCUCUCCCCAUCUACCUCGCCAUCAAUGGCUCUGUGUUCGACGUCUCCGCGAACCCGCUCGUGUACGGCCCGGGCGGACACUACAAUUUCUUUACGGGGAAGGAUGCCACGCGCGCGUUCGUCACGGGCUGUUUCCAGGAGGACCAGACGCAUGACCUGCGGGGUGUUGAGGAGAUGUUCAUGCCGCUUGAUGAGGAGGCGGAGCUGAAGACGCUGAGCAGUGGGGAGAAGAAGAUCCGGCGCGAGCAGGAUCGCCGGCUUGCUCGCACGAGUGUGCAGAAGCAGGUGCAGCAUUGGGAGAAUUUCUUCCGGAAUCAUCAGAAGUAUUUCGAGGUUGGGAAGGUUGUUGGAUUGGAGGUGCCCGAGGAGCAGAGGGAGCUUUGUCAGGCUGCUAAGCAACAGAGGCCUAAGAGGAGUAAUAUGAAGAAGGGAAAUUAG